AAAAAUUAGAAUCCAACGGCAGAACCUUUCCACCCCCACACAGCUCACUGUUUCCUUUUUAUUCCCCCACAGUUUUGUUAGGGUUUAUCUCCAUUAACUCCACUCCCCUCUCUCCCUCCUCCGUCUUCCAUUUGCGUUCGAAAUGACGGUGAAAAACGAGAAUCUCGACAAGGACAAGUUGCUGGAGCAGUUUCUGAGAAUCGGAUUGGAUGAGCGUACUGCACGAAACACCGUUGCCAACAAUAAGGUCACUGCCAAUCUCAAUGCCGUUAUUCAUGAGGCUGGCGUGCUUGAAGGAUGCGAUAAGGCUGUUGGAAAUCUAUUGUAUACUGUUGCGACAAAGUAUCCUACAAAUGCACUUGUUCAUCGACCAAUAUUGCUGAAAUAUGUUACCUCAAAUAAGAUAAAGAUGCCGGCUCAAUUGGAAGCGGCAUUUUCAUUUUUUUCUGCUGCAGGCCAAGAAGAUAUUAAAUUAAAUGAAUUUGAAGAUAAAUGUGGUGUUGGUGUAGAAGUUUCAGUUGAAGAAAUUGAGAAGACUGUGAAUGAGGUCUUUGAAGAACAUAAAAAUGAAAUUCUGGAGCAACGUUAUCGAACGAAUGUGGGUGACUUGUUUGGGCAGGUACGGAAGAAGCAUCCUUGGGCUGAUCCAAAGAUUGUAAAGCAAUAUAUUGAUUCCAAAUUAUUUGAAUUACUCGGUGAAAGGACUGCAGCAGAUAAUGAAAAGAUAGUGAAAAAGAAAAAAGAGAAGCCUGCUAAAGUAGACGAUAAACCUGUUGCUAUUGUUUCUGUGGAACAGCCUCCAUCUGAGGAAGAUCUUAACCCAUAUUUAAUAUUCCCCCGGCCAGAGGAUAAUUAUAAGGUUCAUACUGAAGUAUUUUUCAGUAAUGGAACUAUCCUAAGAUGUUGCAACACCAAGGAGCUGCUUGAAAAGCACCUAAAAGCAACAGGGGGAAGAGUUUUGACUCGCUUUCCUCCUGAACCAAAUGGUUAUCUUCAUAUUGGUCAUGCCAAGGUAGUAUCAGCUGUUCUUUUAUAUGCUUUUUGUCUUUUUUUCAAUUGCUGUCUUCAGUCUUUGACCAGAAACUUUCCUCUAUUUGUCAUUAUCAUUAUGAUCUAUCAGGCAAUGUUUGUUGAUUUUGGCCUGGCAAAAGAGCGAGGUGGAGGUUGUUAUUUGAGGUAUGACGACACGAAUCCAGAAGCUGAGAAGAAGGAAUAUAUUGAUCAUAUAGAAGAGAUUGUCAAGUGGAUGGGUUGGGAGCCUUUCAAGAUUACUUAUACUAGUGAUUACUUCCAAGAUCUGUAUGAGUUAGCUGUGGAGCUCAUACGUAGGGGUCAUGCUUAUGUGGAUCACCAGACUCCUGACGAAAUAAAGGAGUACAGAGAGAAAAAGAUGAAUAGUCCCUGGAGGGAUAGGCCUGUGGCUGAGUCAUUGAAAUUGUUUGACGAAAUGAAGCAAGGUCUGAUUGAGGAAGGCAAGGCGACUCUUAGAAUGAAACAAGACAUGCAGAGUGAUAAUUUUAAUAUGUAUGAUCUUAUUGCAUAUCGUAUUAAGUUUACUCCUCAUCCACAUGCUGGAGACAAGUGGUGUAUUUAUCCAAGCUACGAUUAUGCACACUGCACUGUGGAUUCUCUUGAGAAUAUAACACAUUCGCUGUGUACCUUGGAAUUUGAAACACGUCGUGCUUCGUACUACUGGUUAUUGCAUGCACUGGACCUUUAUCAACCGUAUGUGUGGGAAUAUUCUCGCCUCAAUGUUUCAAAUAAUGUGUUGUCUAAGCGUAAGUUAAAUCGACUGGUGACGGAAAAGUGGGUUGAUGGUUGGGAUGAUCCUCGCCUAUUGACACUUGCUGGUCUUAGGCGCAGAGGUGUUACAUCAACUGCAAUUAAUGCGUUUGUUCGAGGAAUGGGAAUUACAAGAAGUGACUGUUCUUUGAUUCAGUUCAAUCGUCUUGAAUAUCACAUUAGAGAAGAGCUAAAUAAAACUGCUGCACGAGCAAUGGUUGUCUUGCAGCCACUUAAGGUUGUUAUUACAAACUUAGAAAAUGGAUCAAUUUUGGAUCUUGAUGCCAAGAAAUGGCCUGAAGCUCAAGCAGAUGAGGCAUCGGCCUUUUAUAAGGUUCCCUUUUCCAAUAUUGUGUACAUAGAACAAUCAGAUUUCCGGUUGAAAGAUUCAAAAGAUUACUAUGGUCUUGCACCUGGAAAGUCUGUCCUUCUGAGGUAUGCAUAUCCUAUUAAAUGUACAGAUGUUAUCCUUGCGGAUGAUAAGGAAACUGUACUUGAGAUUCGAGCAGAAUAUGAUGCUUCCAAGAAAUCAAAGCCAAAGGGGGUCCUACAUUGGGUUGCACAACCUUCUCCAGGAGUUAAUCCGCUCAAUGUGGAAGUUAGAUUGUUUGACAAGCUAUUCCUUUCUGAGAACCCUGCUGAACUUGAUAAUUGGCUUGCUGAUUUGAACCCACAUUCUAAAGUAGUCAUCCCAAGUGCAUAUGCUGUACCAGAACUUAGGAAUGCUGUUGUUGGGGAUACAUUCCAAUUUGAAAGGCUUGGGUAUUUUGCGGUUGAUAAAGACUCAACUCCUGAGAAACUCGUAUUCAAUCGCACAGUCACGCUGAGAGAUAGCUAUAAGAGCAGCAAGUGAGUUGAAAAGAGAAAGAAAUGCAAUGAAAAAAGUAGAGGAAAAAAAAAGAAGAAAGAAAGGUGUUUUAGCUGGUAAAGUUAUCACUUUAACGAUCGUAUACGUACCAACGUUACAUUUGUCCAUCACUCACGUUUAUAUAGAUGUUGUGGCAUUCUAUACACAUACCUGUUUUACAUCUCCAAAUAGCCUUAAUCAGUUAGCCUUCAGCUU